AUGAUGCGCAUUGCCGUCGCAGGUGGAGGCGGACUGGGAUACCUGCUGGCGCUGCAGCUUUCACAGGCAGCCAACGCUUACAAUGUUGUCGUUUUGUCAAGAUCGGCAAGACCCGAAUUCGGCCAGCUCGACGUCCAACUCCAUGUUGUCGACUACAGUGAUCACGACAAGCUGACUUUUGCUCUUCAAGGCGUGGACCUGGCUAUAUCGACCAUAUCAGGGACGGAGCAGCUCAGCCUCAUCAACGCCGCAGGUCGUGCUCGCGUGCGCGUCUUCGUGCCAUCAGAAUUCGAGGGCAGCUUGAGCCGGCGGCCUUCGCACAACGACCCCCUGGACCGUGGGUCGGCCCAGGCAAUUGCCCUGCUGAAACACUGGGAGAGCGUGUCCCGUAUGAGGUAUACCGUCUUUGCGUGUGGCAUCUUCAUGGAGCGGUUUCACCCCUACGGGCUGGGCUACCUCAACAUUGGAUACGGCAGUGGUGUUUCGGCGGUGGGAGACUAUCUCCUCGACAUCAACCACGCAACGGCAGAAUACGCGGCCGAAGACUCCAAAGGCCACACAGUCCGGGUGUGCCUGACCUCGGUCUACGACGUGGUGCGGUUCAUAGUAGCAGCCAUAGACUUGGGGCCUCGACACUGGCCACACGAAUUCACUAUGCGGGGGGAUAGAAUGUCUGUUCGAGAUGUUGUCGGGACGUGCAGCCGCGUGAGGAACGUCGCCUUUGAUCAUCACUUGCGGAAAAGCUCCGAGCUCCUGUCGUACUUGACUUACUUUGUGCAGGCCGGGGACGGUGACAAAGUGGCCUAUUACCAGCGCCUCAUUGCCACGACGAACGGACGCUAUGAUUUCUCGCGGGCCUCGCUCAACGAUGCGCUGGAAAAGAGUGGCCAGGGGGACGUACAGCCCAUGACCCUGCUACGGUGGCUAACAAACGUCUGGCAGUCGUUAUGA